CCGCACGGAGGGAAGGAAGGGAGCCGCCCCCCGGGGUCCGGACCCUCCUCCGCAGCCGGUUCCGGAACAUCUCGUUUCAGUGCGGCGCGCCCGUACCCGGUGAAGACAGCCUCACCAGAAGUAAAGGCUCACUGAUGCGGCUGCGCCCUGCAGGCAGCAAUCUGCCAAGCUCCUCGUUCUUCCCCAGCUCCUGCCCUUGGAGGUUACUGGACCCGCGCUGCGUUCAGCUAUGAAAUUUCUAUUGGUUUUUGAUUUUGACCAUACAAUCAUAGAUGAAAAUAGUGACACCUGGAUUGUGAAAUGUGCUCCUGAAAGAAAACUUCCUAAUGGAUUAAGAAACUCUUACCAACCAGGACAUUGGACAGAAUAUAUGGGCAGAGUCUUUGUCUACUUGGGAGACAAUGGUGUCAAAGAAGAUGAGAUGAAAAGAACUAUGACAACAAUUCCUUUCACUGCGGGAAUGAUAGAUCUCCUGAGAUUUAUUGGCGAGAACAAGCAGUUGUUUGAUUGUAUAAUUGUUUCAGAUUCUAAUACAGUAUUUAUUGACUGGAUUUUGAAAGCUGCUGACUUCCAUAAAGUGUUUGAUGAAGUGUUUACAAACCCUGCAGCAUUCAGCAGUACUGGCUAUCUUACUAUAGAGCACUUCCAUGCUCACCAUUGUGUAAAAUGCCCUAAAAACCUUUGCAAAAGGAAAGUUUUAAAAGAAUUUCUAGAUAAACAGUUGGAGCGAGGAGUCAGUUAUACACAAAUUGUAUAUAUAGGUGAUGGUGGGAAUGACUUAUGUCCAGUAAUGUUUUUGAGGAAGAAUGAUAUUGCUAUGCCCAGGCAGGGGUAUACCUUGGAGAAAAAGAUUUCUCAACUGGCCCAAAGUCUCAGUCCUGUACAGUGUUCUGUUCUGGUUUGGUCAUCUGCGAUCGACGUUAUGUCUUACCUGAAAGUACUUAUAAAAGACUGAUUCAAAUGAUAAAAGGAAGUUGGUGCAGUUAUAUUUUAACUUAUUGGGAGAGAAAAACUGCAUGUGUAUGAAAGCUCAAAAUUGUAAAAUUGGUUUAUUAUCUGAAAUUACGGGUUUUUUAACCACAACAUGAAACUGUUUAGGUUCAAUCCUGGUAAUAAUGGGAAAGUGCACUAUAAAAGGCCUUCUAACAGUAUAGAUUCCAACUAAGUGGAGAAGCGGGGCUGGGACAAGACUUGUCAUUAGUUUUUGUCCACUCCUUCUCCUCUAAGUGUAUAACUGACCUUUGCAAUCCCACACACUUAGGGGAAGGAGUAGGAUUACUAUUCAAAAGAAUUAAAUUCUUUACUUAGAAAGCAUUAGGUGCCAGGAGCAUGGUUCUGGAGCCGUUGGCUUUUACACUUCUUUGAUCUGAUGGCAAAUUAUUUGUUGUAAUCUUGUUUAAUCCAAAGAUGCAUUUAUAUUUUCAAUCUACUAAAUAUUUUGCCAAACAAAAUUACUUUUUAACAGUUUGUAUUAUCAUGUAUUGUAAAGACAAUAAAAGUUGCUGUCACGACAAAUGCAGCACAACUAAUUUGUGUCAUGUAUUCUGCUGGCCUGUGCCUCAUCAGGCCUGGAGAGAGUGUAGACACAAGUGUAGGUUCCAGCCUUUGGCUGGUCACAUUCUUUCUAUUCUGGAAGGCUGUAAGGAUGUUCCUCCUUUGUUUGAAGAAAAGGCUCUCUUCCAUUCUGGCUACUGCCCUGAGUGUGCUGCUGCCACUCUGUACAGAGCUGACACUGGUUUGAUCUUUCAUGCUGGCAGCUCUGAGUCAGCCACAUGUGUUUUUCCUCCUUGGUUUCUGCUGCAGUGCACAGGCCCACAGAAUGGUACAUACACAUAUACAUACACUGAUUUUACCUGUUCUUCCUCAUCUAUAUCUAUAUUACAAUCUCUUACAGUCUGGAAGGAAGCAUCUACGUCCAUUUUAAGUUUUAAACAGAUUGUUCUGUCUAAGUAGUUCCAAAGAAUUGUGAACACUUAGUCUUUACCUCUGACACUGAGAUGAGCCCCAAGUGUAUAUGAAGGUAUUAAAAGUGUGCAUAUAAAGGUACUAAAAGUAAGUCUCAUUAAAGUUAAAUAAUGUGUUUUCAUGCCAAAUGUUUUUAUAUCGCAGAAAAGGUUCAAAAUGCUGAUGGAGUUUGCUAUUAAACUGAAGUCAUAUUUAUCUUAAGUACUUUAAUAACUGACAGGGCAACUUUCACAGCACAUCAGUUGCAGAUGUCUGAGGUGUAGCUCAGCAGUCUGCAAUUAUCAUAUCUGUCUUCCUUUGUUUUCUGUGCAAUGUUGUUCCAUUUUUCUUACAGAUAUUUUGCGAUGUCACUACCUUUAUUUUCCUUAAUUGAAGAUUUUUGAGUGAUCUUGUCCUGUUUCCAGGCUGCUUCUCAAGUGCUGCAGGUUUACAUAAAUUUCCCUUGUGUACUUC